UCCCGAUCCACCAUCGUCACUUGCUUGGCACCAUCCAGCAGCAGCGAUGACGACGACUAGGAGGGGUAGCGGCGUCGUCCUCCUGGCCAUGCUCGUCGCCGCAUCGUCGGCGUUGCCUCUGCCUCUGGAGACGAUGACCAACGACACUAGUGCUCCGAUCUUGUCUGUUGACUUCCAUGCGCUGUCGUGCCCCAACCUGCACGGCAUGGUGAGCUCCGCCGUGUGGGCCGCGCGCUCCAAUCCCCACGGCGGCGCGCAGAUCACCGCCGGCCUCCUCCGCAUCUUCUUCCACGACUGCUUCCCGCAGGGUUGCGACGCGUCCAUCCUGCUGGACGGGUGGAACAGCGAGAAGCACAAGAUCCAGAACCAGGGCUUGCAGCAGCAGGCGCUGGACCUCAUCGAGCGCAUCCGCGGCACCGUGCACGACAAGUGCGGGGCCACCGUGUCGUGCGCCGACAUCCUGGCGCUCGCCACCACCCACGCCGUGAGCCAGUCCGGCGGCCCCUGGAUCUCCAUGCCCAUGGGACGCCGCGACAGCCUGGAGCCCGCUCCGGGCUGGGCCGUCGAGACCCUCCCGCGCCCUGACGCCGACGUCAACACCCUCAUCACCAGCUUCCGCAACAAGGGCCUCGGCGGCGACGACAAGGGUAACCCCACCGACCUCGUCGCGCUCUCCGGCGCCCACACCGUCGGCAAGGCGCGCUGCGGCUCCUUCCGCGACCGCAUCGACCGGCGCAGCCCCAACGACCAGUUCGCCAACAGGCUGGCCGGCUUCUGCGGCAACGACGACAACCGGCAGCAGAACCUGGACGUGAGGACGCCGGACACCUUCGACAACAUGUACUUCGAGGACCUCAUGAAGAGGGAGGGGGUGCUCACCACCGACCAGGGGCUCUUGUUCGACGGCCGCACCAGGUGGCUCGUCGACGGCUUCGCCAAAAACAAGGGCUGGUUCUUCGGCCAGUUCGCCAAGUCCAUGGAGAAGAUGAGCAAGCUGGGCAUGGGCCAAGGAGGCGAGAUCCGCAGCAACUGCUUCAGGCGCAACACCGGCGUCCAGCAGACCGCUGCCGCCGCCCACGACGACGACGAGGGCCUGGCUGCCUCUGCUUGACGAUGAUCUCGUUUCGAUCAGCAUGCAUGCGCAAAUAAAUUAUAUUGCAGGUCGCUCCAGAUAGAUGGUCGCCGCGUGUCGUCAAAUAAAGUGCGUUGGCUUCAUACUAGCUAGUACUUAGACGAGACUAGGUAGUUGUCCACCACCGCUAGUUAUGUAUGUUUGCUUGUUAAUUUCAUGCAUUUGUGUUUGCUUCCAGUUUCUCUUCCAUGCAUGCUUGUUAAUUAGUGUCCUUCCUAAUGAGAAUAAUAUAUAGUAGUAUGUUUCCCCCGUUC